UUUUUAGCUAAGUAAUAACCAGAUUCUUGGCAGAGCUCUUAGUGUGAUAUUUGUUGGCUAGGACUGUGUUCUGUCUCAAAAGAAGCAAUAGCCUCUUUGUAUGGUCAGAGACCUCAGAAAUGUGUAUAACUUGUGUUAACUCAAUGGAUGUUGGCAUUUCCUAGUUCUAGACCGUGGAAGACCUCAAACCUCAAUCAUACUUCAGACUCAAAUUAAAGUGGAUUCUAAUUGUGGCUGUUUCUGUGGAUUCUCUUUCAUCAUGGCCUUGGGAAUAAAGUGCCUCCGCCUGCUGCACCCUGCCUUUUGCACUUACCUUACUACUUUGACCAGACCUGCUUCAGAAAUUUCCAUGAAGCCUGUGCAUGGAAGACAACAUGACCAAAGGCAAUACUUAGCCUACCCAGCCAUGCCAGUUCGCCAGUUUGCAACCAAGAAAGCUAAAGCUAAAGGGAAAGGACAGCCCCAGGCCAGGGUGAAUAUUAACACAGCCUUGGUGGAGGAUAUAAUCAACUUGGAGGAGGUGGAUGAAGAAAUGAAAUCUGUGACGGAAGCACUCCAGGAUAAUUUCAAUAAGACUCUCAACAUAAGGACUGCACCAGGAUCCCUUGAUCAUAUUACUGUGGUAACUGCUGAUGGGAAGCUUGCCUUAAAUCACAUUGGCCAGAUCUCCAUGAAGUCACCACAGUUGAUUCUGGUGAACAUGGCCAGUUUUCCAGAGUGUACAGCUGCAGCUAUCAAGGCUAUAAGAGAAAGUGGAAUGAAUCUGAACCCAGAAGUGGAAGGGACACUAAUUCGGGUACCUAUCCCCAAAGUAACCAGAGAACACAGAGAAAUGCUGGUAAAACUGGCCAAACAGAGCACCAACAAGGCCAAAGAAAAUUUACGGAAGGUUCGCACUAAUGCAAUGAAUAAGCUGAAGAAAUCAAAGGACAAAGCCUCGGAGGACACCAUCAGGCUCGUAGAGAAACAGAUCAGCCAGAUGGCCGACGACACAGUCGCAGAGCUGGACAGGCACCUGGCAGCAAAGACCAAAGAACUCCUUGGAUGAAUCUGGUCACCCCUUUGGUGACAAGCUGACUCCUGCCACUCUCCUGCUCAUCCAUAGGAGGCUGUCACUGCUGUUCCACCACAGGGGCUCAGACUCACCACCGAAUCUCGUUUCCAUGGAAUCUGGUGUGGCAAUGACCUUGGCUCUGAGGUCACCACAGGACCGUUUCCUUCCAGACGGGAAUCAGACCCCGCCCUCAUUUCCAACUCCUUUGGACUAUGUGGGCCUCACUCUGACUGCUAAUGAGCAAAACUAAAUAAAUUGGGAAACUAACAGCCACAGAGGAAAGAGCGGUGUGUUUGCCUCUGGGUUGUCCUCCCACUGCUGCUCCACGAGGACUGAGUUCAGUGUGGCAUCCGUCCCACCCUUGGGCAGUCUCCCUGCCCCUGCUCUCGGCCCCAUUUUGAGCUCACGGGCUCCUCACAUAUAAACCGUCUGUAAUGACAAAUUCACUGAAGAGAAUGCCACAGAAUAAUGGUUGAAGUUGUCCGUGUAUUUAUGUUGUGAGUAAAUUGGUAGCUGCCCACC